AUGGUCAUCAACAUGACAGUGGAGAAGCAGCUUGUGACUGCCGCCACUACAGCUUCCGUGGUCGCAUUGACCGCAUGUAUUAUCAUUCUUCCUGAUCUCUAUAAGGAACUCAUCGAAAUUCACGACAUAGUUAUGGAUACGGUAGCAGUAUUUCGUCAGGAGACCGAUUCAGCGUGGAACGAAAUGAGGAGGUUGCACGCCGUCAUGUCCCCACCGUCAAAACCACGCCAAAAUCCAUUCGAAUCCAUCUUCCGAUCGAAGAAGCACGCGCUUCCAUCGUGGUGUCACUGUGAGCCGGUGAAGGUUACCUGUCCACCAGGGCCGCCUGGUCCUCCAGGACCAGCGGGAUUUCCCGGUAUCCCUGGUCAACCUGGUGCACCUGGAAAGGACGACGUCACUGUUUAUGCGCCAAUACAUUGCCCUGCUCCACCUCUUGGCUGUGUGCAGUGCCCAGAGGGGCCCCCGGGACUGCCAGGACCUGACGGACCGGAAGGUCCUUGUGGGAAAACCGGCCUACCAGGAUUACCUGGUAUGAAUGGUCAAGACGGCAAGGCAGGAUGUGAAGGAGCAGCUGGCAAUCCAGGUCCUGAUGGCAGUCCUGGUUUAGAUGGACGUCCUGGAGAAGAUGGAAAAGAUGGAGUGAAAGCUCUUCCCGGCUCACCAGGAAGUCAAGGACCCGCAGGGCCGGCUGGUCCGGCGGGUAAGCCAGGAGCAGAUGGAAAACCUGGUGAGCCCGGAGAAAAAGGACCCAUAGGAGAGCCUGGUGAAAAGGGUGCAUUUGGUCUGAAUGGAUCAGAUGGUGCUAAUGGAUUGCCAGGUAUGGUCGGUGCGCCUGGCUCGAAUAAGGAUUACUGCGAAUGUCCGGCAAGAAAGAAGAAGAAGGCAAAAGUGAAGCGGACGGACGAAGCUGCUAAAAACUGA